CGCCGCCCCGCCCCUGGCGCGCGGCCGGGCCCCGCCCCGCGCCCCCCGCGCGUGCGCGGCGCUUCCCGCCAAAACCGGCGUGAGGGGCGCGGGGUCCCCGCCCGCCAUGAACGGGACGGUGCUGCCCGGGACCCCCAUCGCCGUGGACUUCUGGAGCCUGCGGAAGGCGGCCGGUGCCCGCCUCUUCUUCCUGUCCCACAUGCACUCGGACCACACGGUGGGGCUGUCCAGCACCUGGAACCGCCCGCUGUACUGCUCCCCGCUCACCGCCCGCCUCCUGCACCACCGCCUGCAGGUGCCGAUGUGYUGGAUCCGGCCGCUGGAGGUGGGGCAGAGCCAUGUGCUGGAUGAGGUGACAGUGACGCUGAUUGACUCCAACCACUGCCCUGGCUCCGUCAUGUUCCUCUUCGAGGGCGUCUUUGGCACCAUCCUCUAUACAGGAGAUUUCCGCUACACCAGCGCYAUGCAGGGUGAGCCGGUGCUGCGGGGCCGCCACAUCGACCGCCUGUACCUGGACAACACCCACUGCCACCCUCAGCGGGCCCUGCCCCCGCGGGCACUGGCCACACGCCAGGCUGCCCAUCUCAUCCGUGCCCACCCACAGCACCACGUGGUCAUCGGUGUGUACACCCUGGGCAAGGAGACGCUGCUGGUGGACCUGGCGCUGGAGUUCAGCACGUGGGUGGUGGUGAGCCCCUGGCGCCUGGAGCAGAUGCGGCUGCUGGAGCUGCCCAAUGUGUUCACGGCCGAGGAGGGCGCCGGCUGGAUCCGCGCCGUGGAUGUCACCGAGAUCCGCCGGGACACGCUGGUCAGCUGGAACAACCUGCACCCCACCAUUGCCAUCAUCCCCACGGGCAGGCCCAUGAAGGUCGCCCAUCCCAACAUCCACCUCGUCCCGUACUCAGACCACUCGUCCUUUGCGGAGCUGUGCGAGUUUGUGAAGUGGCUGAAACCUUGCUCCAUCAUUCCCAUUGUGAAGAGUGACAUGUGCCAAGUUUACUUUCAGGAAUACCUGAGCUCUGCCCCCCAGGUACUUCCUGAUUUCAAAGUCCCAAAGCCCGUGCAAGAGUCUGGACAGCAGCAAAGCCAAAAGAGGAGGCAGAAACCCACGUGCCUCUGGAAAAGGACCACGUGGCGUUCUGCAUCCCGAGGGGUCGUUUAUGAGUCCCCAGAGAAAAAUACUGAGAAACCUGAAGCAUUUACAGGUGUUAAGGUUCCUCAGCAGUACUCUGAGGCAACUCAGUGUUCAGAGGAAAGCUGGACUUGUCACAGGGAUGAGAAGGAGGAGCUGAGUGAGGAACAGCCAGGAGCAGCACCUGUUUCCAGUGAGCACUUUCCAGCUGUAUUUGCAGAGCAGUAUUUACUCACUCCCUUGAAUGUCUUAAAGCAGAAUUCCUCACAGACAUUUGAUGAGGUGGUGGAAGACUUUUUUAGGAAGGGAGACACUCCCUGAAAAAUCAUGGGACAUUGCAGGUGCCAAUGCAGCUGGUAGCAGUGGUUCAUCCUGCUCUUCAUUCUCAGGUUUCUCAUUCAGAGAGAGGAGCCCAGCUCUGGAGCUCUACUUUCCUUACCUCUAUAGAGGACAAAAGAAACUAGAAGCAGUUUGUAGAUGGUACACUUUUAAAAUUUAUUUUUUUAUGUCUCUGCAUUGCUGGAUCUUCACACUGUGCUGGCCACUGUGGUCCCACUGCCUUGUGUGCUUUGUGCCCACCUUUUGCAGUGACUCGCCUGUCCCCUGUGACAAAAGUCACAGAGGUUGAUUCAAGCAGAGCUGCAGAGGGUGUGAGCAGUCUGCAGAGGAGAAAUUAAUGGCUGCAAUGUGAUGAAAGAAGCAAGGAAGGGGAAUCUGAGAGCCCUAAAGAUUCUCCUUUCCAUGUGUCUGUGAUACCUCACCACUAUGAUCAGUUCAUCCCAAAGUGACUUACAAAUGUUAUUUAUUAAGGUGCUUUUUUUUAAAUGCUGCUGAAAUCUAGAAAGUGAAGUGCCUUAAAGUUCAGCCAUCUGUUUUCUAUCUAUUAAUCUGCUCAUACAGCCUUUGCAUUCAUCAGCCAACUGAUGAAGUUGGCUGAUGAAUAAGCUCUCCUGAUUUCUACUUUCCUGAAAGUGCCAUCUCAAUGUUAAUUGUCAGUGUUUUUUUCAAGUUUCUGGCUGGGGAGAAUAGGAACUGUCUGGGUUAYUGAGUUGUGGGCUUUCCUGAGUGGGUCACUAUAUUCUCUGCAGUCACUGCACUCACUCUUACACGUCUGAAAUCUGCUCAACUGCAAAGCACUCCUGAUAACUGCCAGUGUUCUGCCUUUCCAUUCUGCCUGCUCUUGUCCUGCAGUGGCAAAUGGGAUGGUAGAUAAUGAAACAUCUGCUGAGUGGUAUGAUCAGUCUUACCAGCUUUGUUUGGAAAGGUUGUGACUGAACAGCAGAACUGGCUCUGUUUGAGGCUGGGCACUUUCCCACUCCGGAUCAGCUGCAGAGCCCUGGCCUGGCCCAGCUGGAAGUGUCUGUAGUGUGACAAACAUUGGGUACCCACUGCAGCUGACUGUGCCAUACUGCACUGCCAAUGUUUGAAAUUGGUCCUUUCUACGGUCAGGGCAGCUGGAGUGGGAAAUGAUCAUGGUAUCUGACCAUGGUUGCUGUCCUGGAGCAACGAACCAGUUUGUUCCUCAGCUCUCUUGAUCCUCCUUUUGUUACUUUCUAGGCAAAAUGUUCAGAAUUUUCUGAACAUAGUGUCCUGCAAGGCCUAUCCAACAGGCAGCUAAAUGGGCUGAAUUCCCUGAACUGAGCCAGAAAAAGAAGUGUUUGCUCUUGGAGCAGUGCCAAGCCUUGUGAAAAGCAAAGGUGCCCCUGGGUGCCGCAGUUGCCCCAGUCACAAACAGAGCUGUCUGGAACAGUGAGUGUGUCGACAGCCAGAGUGGGCAUGUUUGGAAAGCUGUUUGGCAAACGUGAAUCCUGACUCCCAACCCUGUGCUUUCCCAGGCACGGCAAUAUUUAUCCCUGUUACAUAAGGAAUGCCUGUCCCUGGGACUGCUGUGGCUCUGCCUGCCAGCUGCCAAGGGGACAUCAGAAGUGACAGAGCAGUGUCCUGUGAACUGCGCUUCACACAGGGCAGCAAGGGCAGUUGGAGCUUCCUGCUGUGGGCUCUGUGUCCUGCUGCUUGGAGGUUUCUGUAUGGAUUAUUUCCUAAUCCAAACUCAACAGCAGAGCUCUGUCAGGAGGGUGUGAGUGGAGACACCUGCACGUUUUGUAACAUGGAAAUGAUAGUGCUGUGCCUGUAGUGUGCUGUCUGCUGCUGCUGCCUGGGAGAUGCAGGCUGUUAUUUAAAUAUUGUUGAAAUUCAAGUGACUCAUUUGACAGGCAGGGGUGUGAAGCUCUGCCUCAACUCCCAAAUUCUAUGUCCUGCUUUGAGCAGUCUUUCCACUGCUGGGGAGCAAUGCUCACCUUCUGAGUCACUGCUUCACUUGGGCAUGUUGCAAAUUACCUGGGAGAUGCUGAUGUUCUGUGGCAUCCAACCUUUCCUCUUCUAUUCUUAUCAACUAUUUAUUAAAAUAAAUGAAGUUGAGAACCUCCUGGUCAGCCUCUGAGCAAAAAGGAGUUCUAAAUGGUAAUUUUUUCCAGAGGUAAAUCUGAGCUUUGAUCACACAAAAAUAAGUGAAAAUUGCAGACUUCAGAGUCUGGGGAUCUGCAUCCCAUUUCUGCAUGCUCAAAGCUGCAGAAUAAAUGCUGGCUUGACUUUCUAGAGCCAAAAUGGUAAUUCCUGCCAUUUCAGGAGGAAGUUAUCAACCAUGCAGAGCCAAAUUUAAAAUCUCUCUGUGGCUUUAAAAGGCAAUAGGAGCAGCAGAGGCUUGACCAAUUGCCAGUGUCUUGGAGAUCUUUGCCUCAGCACAGCAGGUGCACGAGGUGUUUUAGUGCCAAACUUUUUAUCCCUGUUAGGUGUUAUUAAAAUACUACUUUUGUGUGCUAUCCUAAAAUKCUGGAAAACAAAACAUGGCCUUGUGGGGAAAACUGGAGUGCUGAGGCUUCUGAGCAUCCUUCAGCUUCCCCUGAAGAUGGGUUUAGUGGUUGGACUCUGUUCUUAAAUGAAUUUUCCAACCUAAAUGAAAUCUCCUGUCAGUAAGUAUCUGGCCUCUUACAGGCCUUGUUUUCCCUCACACUUGUCUCCAUGCUUUCCCUCUUUUCCUGCCCCCAGCCUGGCUCACAGUGGGGUGUUGAGAGCUGGGGUGUUACAGACAGCAGGGGCUGAGCCUGCUGCUCCCAGCUCACCUGCAGCACUGCUGCCACUGGUGUGUUUUGCUCACAACAGUGACAACGAGAAGCUGCAGCCCAGUAUUUGCUUCCCUGUGGGGUAUCUGAGGCCCACAUGUGUGGAAACUUCAGUUAUCCUGACAGGGAACAGAGAGUGCUCCGAGCAAAGUCCUCCCGAAUCUAUACACACAGAGCAUGCUCCAACUGCUUAUCUCUGACCCACAGUUGGGAACUGGCCCCAGUGUGGGGAAACAGCUCAGCCAAGGCCUUGCAGAGGAGCAAGGAACAAGCUGAGUUCCCUUUGGCAAGAUUUCAGUGCUGUUUUACCAAGCUGUGAUCAAAUGCUGCUGUGUUGUGAGGGCAGGUUCUGGAGCAGAGCUGGCUGUGGAGGGUCAAUCACUGACUGUGCUAUGAACAGCUCAGCUGGCUCCAGCUUCUCUAAAACAGGAGGAAAGCAUGAAGGAGUGCCCUGUUUAUGCUGUGGAGAGGGGAAAAUUGCUCUGUAGGCUGUUGUUAGGAGGCUGAGGCAAAACUUGCCUGGCUCCCGUGCUCCACAGAAACAAGUGUGUAAUGUCACCUUACAGGGAACACCCCAGAGUGCUGCUGGGUCGGGUUUCAAACUCUGCUUCCCCAAUUACAAGGCCGAAACACUUCUAGCAACUUCUCUCUUCCCUGCUGCAGAGCUGCUGUCUGUUCCUCCAGCACAGGAGCUCCUUUUCUAGAUGAAAUAAACUGCAGUGGGGAGAUCUUUCCUUCACCAGAAAAUGAAAGAGUUUACAUAUAGUUUACAUAGUUAAUUUCCACAGUGUGUUGUCACUUUGGGCUUAUUUCAAAUGAACCUCAAGCCUGAAAUCUCUCUUUGUGCCUUUUUUAUGGAGUCCUGUGAAAAGGUAGUAGAACACGUUGAAAAGGUAGAGUCAUUUGAUAAUC